UCUGCACACAAAAGCCGACAAGCCAAACGACGGCCAUCAUUAGGCAUCUGCUGCGCAAGAUGAGUAGUGCAGCACUCGCUCAAGAUGUGGGCAAAUUGACGCUGCAAAAUACAGUCAAGCGUGAUACUUUGCAAGAAAUCGAGGCACGUUGCCAGAAGCAAUGGAAGCAAGACAAGCUCUUUGAGAUUGAUCCGCCAGCAUUUGAAGCAGGCAAGCGAGGUGCACAGACGCACGAAGAAGUGCCUAAGUUUAUGGGCACUAUGGCGUAUCCCUACAUGAACGGAUCGCUUCAUCUUGGCCAUGCCUUUACGCUGACCAAAGUCGAAUUUGCGACUGGUUUUGCUAGGCUCCAGGGCAAGCGGGCCUUGUUUCCCCUUGGCUUCCACUGCACAGGUAUGCCCAUCAAGUCGUGCGCCGACAAGCUUAAGCGCGAGAUUGAGCUCUUUGGCAAGGACUUUCAGUUGCCAGACAAUCCACCGCUGGAGGAAAAGGUGCAGCUACAGCCAGAGCAGGUCGGCGAGCGCGAUGUAACCAAGUUCAAGGGCAAAAAGUCCAAAGCCACAGCAAAGAAGGGCGGCAUGGACUAUCAAUUCCAAAUCAUGCAGUUGCUAAAGAUUCCUAAUGAGGAGAUUCCUAAGUUUGCUGAUGAGCGAUACUGGCUCGAGUACUUCCCGCCGCUCUGUGAGGAGGACUGUACCGCGUUUGGUGCCCGUAUAGACUGGCGUCGAUCCAUGAUCACGACAGAUGCAAACCCUUACUAUGAUUCAUUUGUGCGCUGGCAGAUGAACAAGCUGCACGGUCUGCAAAAAGUCAAGUUUGGCAAGCGGUACACCGUUUACUCGCCUCUCGAUGGCCAGCCCUGCAUGGACCACGACCGUGCAUCUGGUGAAGGCAAGGGACCAACUGACUAUACUGGUAUCAAGCUGCGCGCCAUCGAGUGGUCUGAACAAGCUAAAGAAGUUGUGCAAUCUUUGAAGUUGCAGGAUACACCAAUCUUCUUUAUUGCAGCAACCCUUCGACCUGAGACCAUGUAUGGCCAAACCAACUGUUUUGUUGGACCCAAAAUUACAUAUGGCUUGUUCCGUGCAAAAAACGGUGAGGUCUACCUCUGUUCUGCCAAAUCAGCACGCAACAUGGCGUUCCAGGACUUGUUCGAGGAGCGUGAAGUGGUUCACCUUGGUGACAUCAAGGGAAGUCAGCUUGUCGGAACCCUUGUCGAUGCACCCAACUCAGUGUACAAGCAAGUCCGUAUCCUGCCAAUGGAAACUGUCUUGGCAACCAAAGGAACGGGUGUUGUCACAUCAGUGCCCAGCGACUCACCUGAUGACUACAUGACGUCCCUCGACCUUGCAAAGAAAGCAGCAUUUUACGGUAUAGAUCCAACCUGGGCUCAGAAUGAGCCUGUGGCCAUUAUCGAGACGCCAUCGUACGGGAAGAUGUGUGCACCGACCGUUUGCCAGCAGCUCAAAAUUGCUUCACCUAAGGAUGCUGACUUGCUCGCAAAAGCCAAGGAACUUUGCUACAAGGAAGGUUUCUACUCGGGCACCAUGCUCGUUGGUGACUUCAAGGGCGAGAAGGUUGAAAAGGCAAAGCCUCUUGUCAGGCAAGCCAUGAUUGAUGCAGGCCUUGCAUUCGUGUACAAUGAGCCAGAGGACACCAUCAUGUCUCGAUCCGGCGACGAGUGUGUCAUUGCUCUUUGUGAUCAAUGGUACAUUGACUACGGAGAGGCCAAUUGGCGUGCCAAGACGGAGGGUCUGUUGAAGAACAUGAACACGUUUGGAGCGGAAACGCGCAAUGGCUUUGAGCAGUGUCUUGCUUGGCUCAACCAAUGGGCUUGCUCGCGAUCGUACGGUCUUGGAACUAAGCUUCCUUGGGACCCUCAAUACCUUGUUGAGUCUCUCUCUGACUCAACCAUCUACAUGGCCUACUACACCAUUGCGCAUUGGCUUCACGCGUCGAUUGAUGGUGCACAACUCGGCAAGGGCAACAUUCGCGCAGAACAAAUGACGGACGCUGUAUGGGAGUAUAUUCUCGCGAAGGGCAAAUCGCCAGAGACAGACAUCCCCAUGGAGACAUUGGAGGCUAUGCGAUAUGAGUUUGAGUACUUUUACCCACUCGACGUGCGUGUCAGUGGAAAGGACUUGAUCACCAAUCACUUGACCUUCUGGAUGUACACCCACACUGCCAUCUUUGAGGAAGACAUGUGGCCUCGCGGCGUACGUGGCAACGGUCACUUGCUGCUCAACGGUGACAAGAUGUCCAAGUCAACUGGCAAUUUCUUGACGAUGCGUGAAGCUGUGCAGAAGUUUGGUGCUGAUGCAACACGAUUGUGCUUGGCUGACGCAGGUGACUCGCUUGAGGAUGCGAACUUCGAGGAAGCCUCGGCCAAUGCCAUGAUUCUGCGUCUCUUUACGCUCAAGGAAUGGUGUGAAGAGCAAGUCAGGGAACGAGGAUCGCUCCGUCAAGGUGAAAUGCUCUUUAGCGACAAGGCCUUUGCCAAUGAAAUGAAUCAGCUUGCUGAGACAACACGCAAAGGCUAUGAAGCUGCGCAAUAUCGGACGGCACUCAAGUCUGGACUCUACGACUUCAGCAUUGCUCGAGACUGGUACCGCGAGAUUUCUCGAGAGGGCAUGCACAAGGAUCUGGUAAUGCAAUGGAUUGAGUGGCAAGCUUUGCUUAUUGCGCCAUUCGCACCGCACAUCAGUGAACAUAUCUACUCGACCGUUCUGCAAAAGAGCGGCAGCGUACAGACUGCCCGAUUCCCCGAAUUGACGGCACCUGUGGACCCUGUCAUUUCUGCUGGUCUCACCUACUUGCGCGACUUGGUGAGCAGUAUUCACUCAUCCGAAGGUCUGCAAUUCAAGAAGAAGAGCAAGGGCAAACAGGUUCAGUAUGACCCUACGAAGCCAAAGGCCUUGACUAUCUUCUUGUCUGAGCAGUUCCCGACUUGGCAGCAAGAUUAUAUCGAUGCCAUCAAGCGGCAUUAUGAUGAACAAAAUAACUCCUUUGACGACAAGGCGAUUGUGGACGAUGCCAAAGUGCUUAUGCAGAAGGAGAAGCGGAAAGAGGCGAUGCCAUUCGUGCAGGCCAUCAAGGCCUUGGUUCUCCAGCGAUCAGCCGACGUCUCUGCUGAGGAUGUCUUUUCUCGCGCUCAGCUGUUUGAUGAGGCUCAGUUGCUUGUACAGAUGGAGAGCUUCUUGCAUGCGAGCAUGAACUUGGCCAAGUUGGCCAUUGUCAAGGUCAAACGCACGGAAUCUGGUCUGCAACCGGAGCUGCUAGUUGGUGACUUUUCAGAGGACCUACCGCCCAUGGCAGAUUUGGCGACGCCAGGGUAUCCUUCAUUCUACUUCCAGAAUGUGUAGUAGAGUCGUAGAUGUGACUGUCUCGUUUUCCGUCGUCAUUUUCUCGAUCGCGUCGACGUUGUACAACCGCAAACCAACACUUGUUCGCACUAUGGCAGACAUGGCAGACAAAGGAGGUACGCCAGGGUACUCGACGGCAGGGCCAAGUCAAGGCGAGCGACGCGAAAGCCAUAUUCCAGCCGCUGAUUCGAGCAAUUACAAAG